AUGACUGAAAUUUAUACAUCCAUACUAAACUAUAUACUUCAAACAAAAGAUUCUCUUAAAGAGUUCGUGAAAAGUGAAGUCAAAUACGAUGAAGAAAUCGAUUCGUGGUUAUUCGUAAACAAGCCAUGGCCCGUGCUCGGGAUAAUCAUUGUGUACUUAUUGUUCGUAAUAAAAAUAGGUCCAAAAAUGAUGGAGAAUCGGCAACCAUACAACAUUACUAAUGUAAUUUUGGUUUUCAACUUUAUACAAUUCUCCUACAAUGGUCUGCUUUGUUUAUGGAUAAUUUUGACUCCCGGUAUACCGCAGUAUAUAUUUACUCACCUAUGUCAUAUCACUAAUGAAACCCAACACGAGAGAUAUUUAAUAAAAUGUCUACACACUGUUUCAUGGUUUUACUUCAUGUCCAAGAUUAUUGAUUUGUUGGAUACAGUAUUUUUCGUUUUGAGAAAAAAACAAUCCCAUGUAUCGUUUUUACAUGUUUACCAUCAUACAAAAAUGGUAAUCUCGUGUUGGAUACAUAUAAGAUUUUUUAAAAGUGAACAAGCGGCUUAUGGUGCAUGGCUCAACUCAAGUGUUCAUAUCGCUAUGUACGGAUAUUAUUUCCUUGCUGCUCUUGGACCAUAUAUGCAAAAAUAUCUGUGGUGGAAAGUUUAUGUGACUCGAUUACAAAUUGCUCAACUAUUCAUCGCAGUAGCUUAUAUGGCUUAUCUGUAUAAAUAUGACUGCACCAUGCCACGAGCGUUGGCAUUUACCGUAAUUAUCGAUCUCUUUGCGUUUAUUUAUUUGUUCAUGGAUUUUUAUAAAUCAGCUUAUAAGGAAGAUAAAUUAAACAUAAUAAGCACAGCUGACAAAAACAAUAAAGAAGAUAAAAUUGACAAAAUAGUUAACGAAGAUAAAAUCAAAUCGUCAUAA